GAGAGAUGUUUGGAUUCUGAGUUUCAUGCUCUUGGUCCAAGCCCAGAUUCAGUUUCAGCAAGAGUUGAUUAUGAAGACUGUGAAAGGCUUCUAUGCCCUUUUCAUGCUGCAUCUAUUGUUCUUUGACUCUGGAAGGACCGGAAAGAUACUUGUAUGGCCCAUGGAUUUUAGUCACUGGAUUAAUUUAAAGGUUAUUCUGGAUGAACUUCACCUUGGUGGGCAUGAGAUAACUGUCCUUGUACCUUCAACAAGUUCUCUGUUUGAUCUUACCCAGAUUCCCUUUAACGUGGAGAUCCUUCAAAUUCCAAUAAGUAAAGAAAGUUUCAUGGAAGAAUUCAAUGCUGGUCUCUAUACACUCUCUUUUGAACUGCCGAAAGUUUCAUGGUGGGAGAGGCAAGUACAAAUGAAAAAACUGCUGAAAGAUUUUUUAGAAACAGCCAGAAGAAUUUGUGAUAGUGUUGUCACAAACAAGGAAUUGCUCAGCAGGCUUCAGGCAGCUAAGUUUGAUAUCUGUAUUGCUGACCCUUUAAGCUUCUGUGGGGAAUUAGUGGCUGAGCUUCUCAAUAUUCCAUUUAUAUACUCCUUUCGGUUUUCCUAUGGGAAUGUCAUUGAGAGAAACUGUGCUGGGCUUCCUAUGCCUUCUUCAUAUGUUCCUGGCAUCAUAUCAGGACUGACAGACAACAUGACUUUUGUACAGAGGCUGGAGAACUGGUUAUCGUAUACAAUAGGUGACCUGAUGUAUUCAUAUUUUGUAUUUCCAGAAUGGGAUGAAUAUUACAGCAAGGUUUUAGGAAAAUCUGCCACAUUAUGUGAGACUAUGGGAAAAGCUGAAAUGUGGUUGAUGAGAACUAACUGGGAUUUUGAAUUUCCUCACCCUUACUUACCUAACUUUGAAUUUGUUGGAGGACUGCACUGCAAGCCUGCAAAACCCUUGCCUAAGGAGUUUGAAGAGUUUGUUCAAAGUUCUGGAAAAGAUGGAGUCGUGGUGUUUACUCUGGGAUCAAUGGUCAAAAACCUCACAGAAGAAAAGUCUAAAAUGAUUGCAUCAGCUCUUGCCCAGAUUCCACAAAAGGUUCUGUGGAAAUAUGGAGGAAAGAAACCAGAAAAUUUAGGAGCCAAUACCCGGAUAUAUGAAUGGAUUCCACAGAAUGAUCUUCUGGGUCAUCCCCAAACCAGAGCUUUUAUCACUCACUGUGGAACCAAUGGGAUCUAUGAAGCUAUCUACCAUGGGGUCCCUAUGGUGGGAAUCCCCCUGUUUGGUGAUCAGCAUGGUAAUGUUGCUCGUGUUAAAGCCAGAGGAGCAGCUGUUGAAUUAGACUUGCAGAGAAUGACGAGUUCAGAUGUGCUUAACGCUUUGAAGGAAGUUAUUAACAAUCCUACCUAUAAAGAGAAUGCUAUGAAGUUAUCAAGAAUUCACCAUGAUCAGCCUGUGAAACCCCUGGACCGAGCAGUCUUCUGGGUUGAGUUUGUCAUGCGUCACAAAGGAGCCAAGCACCUUCGCCCAGCCUUCCACGACCUCACCUGGUACCAGCACCACUCUUUGGAUGUGAUUGGCUUCCUGCUAGCCUGUGUGGCAACUAUUCUAUUCCUGGUCACUAAAUGUUGCCUGUUUUGUUGUGGGAAGUUUGGUAAAAUUUCAAAGAAGAAAAAGAGAGAGUAGUUUUUGUUUUUUGUUUAACAGUUGGACUAGAAACCUUGAUGCAAUCCGUCUGGAUUAUCCCAGCCACUGAUUUGAACAGAUUCCUACUCUCUUGAGUUCUCAUCCAUUCCUCAGCUUAUCAAGUCAAACUCACACUCCAAAAAUAUGCCACAUGGUUUAUAAUUAUGGUUUAAAAGACUAUUUUCUUUAAAAAGAGAGGAUAAAUAAACACAUAAAAGUUGCUACCAUUAA